CCCCGUUCAAUUACAUAGGGUUUCCACCUCAUAUAUAAACCAGACCAAAAACCCUAGGUCGCGCUUCUUAUUUCAGAGAGCGAAAGCUAGAGAGAGAGAGAGAGGCCUCAGAGAUCGUAGCCGUCUUCUCUAAAUUGGCAGACAUGGUCGCUCUCAAGUUUCACCAGUACCAGGUGGUGGGUAGGGCUCUCCCCAAGGAUGCCGAGGACACCCCCAAGAUCUACCGCAUGAAGCUUUGGCACACCAAUGAGGUUCGCGCCAAGUCCAAGUUCUGGUAUUUCCUGAAGAAGCUGAAGAAGGUCAAGAAGAGCAAUGGCCAAAUGCUUGCCAUCAAUGAGAUUUUUGAGAAGAAACCUACUGUUGUUGAGAACUAUGGUAUUUGGUUGAGGUAUCAAAGCAGGACAGGGUAUCACAACAUGUACAAGGAGUACCGUGACACCACUCUGAAUGGGGCUGUGGAUCAGAUGUACACUGAGAUGGCUUCUCGCCACAGGGUCAGGUUUCCUUGCAUCCAAAUCAUCAAGACUGCCACAAUCCCAGCUAAGCUUUGCAAGAGGGAAAGUACCAAGCAAUUCCACAAUUCCAAGAUCAAGUUUCCAUUGAUUUCCAGGAAGGUCAGGCCACCAACCAGGAAGUUGAAGACCACGUACAAGGCAUCAAGGCCCAACUUGUUUGUCUAACUUGGUCAUGACUCAUUUGAUGAACAAGAAAGAGGGAUUAGGUUUGGAUUUGUUUCUGAAUCUUUCUGGUAGAGAAUUGAACUCUGAGUUACUUUCUUUUGGUCACUUUAUUUUAUUAGACUAUGUUAGAACUACAGAUGGUCAGAGUGCCUCCCUAUUUUGUUCCAUUUCGAAAUUUUCUAUUAAAUAUGCUUGUUUUGUUGCUCGGCGGAA